CGCGAACGUUUCCGUGAUUUGUUUUUAAUAUUUAAAAAAAUCUGUUUUUUAAUUUUUACGCGCGGCGCGGGAAGUCAAAGGUUACAAACAAAAUGGCUGAACAGAGUGGAGCCGUGCUCGCAGAGCUCUGAGCAGCCGGACAGAGAGGAUACAUUUGGACUUUUUUUACGCGGCAGUCAUGAUACAGACCUGUUCUUUUCCAUACAAGACCGACGUAUAUUUACGGACACAUUCGCCGUGGUUGCAGUGAGGACACUGUGAACAGUCUGCGGCUGCAAAGCAAACAUAAAGCUCGUACAGAGCUCAUUCAGACCCGCAGUAUCACCGCUACAUGUGACGGCUCUGUAAGUGUCCCCGUACUCUUCAGAAGACGUCUGCAGGCUGGAGGAUGCAUGGGGUGGCUGCAGCUUGAGCUGGCAGAGUUAACCACACCAGGAGCCGUGUUUUAGCAAGUCCAAACUCCUGCGAGGAGACAGCAAGAAGAAACGAGGAUGAACAGGAAGAAGGAUAAAGGAUUCGAGAGUCCGCGCCCCUUUAAAUUGACCCACCAGGUGGUGUGCAUCAACAACAUCAACUUCCAGAGGAAGUCUGUCAUUGGCUACGUCGAGCUGACCAUCUUCCCUACGGUGGUCAACCUGAACAGGAUCAAGCUCAACAGCAAACAGUGCCGCAUCUACAGAGUUCGAGUCAAUGAACUUGAAGCCCCAUUCAUUUACAAUGAUCCCACACUGGAGGUGUGCCACCAUGAGUCCAAGCAGAGGAACCUCAACUACUUCUCCAGUGCCUACACAGCAGCAGUGAGUGCUGUGGAUCCAGAUGCAGGACACGGGGAGCUGGUCAUUAAAGUUCCCUCUGAACUCUGGAAACAAGGAGAUGAUUUAAAAGUUUUAAAGGUGUACAUUGAAUUUUCUUUGGACCAGCCAAAAGGAGGUCUUCACUUUGUUGUUCCUGACAUUGAAGGCAGCAUGGCGGAGAGAGGAGCUCACGUUUUCUCCUUUGGAUACCAGAACUCCACCAGGUUCUGGUUCCCCUGCGUCGACUCCUACUCAGAGCUCUGUACGUGGAAGCUGGAGUUCACCGUGGACGCUUCCAUGGUGGCGGUGUCCUGUGGCGAUCUGGUGGAGACCAUCUACACUCACGAUAUGAGGAAGAAGACUUUCCACUACGUCCUCCCCAUCCCCACCGCGGCUCCCAAUAUCUCCCUGGCUGUGGGGCCCUUUGAAAUCCUUGUAGAUCCCUACAUGCAUGAGGUGACCCAUUUCUGCCUGCCACAGCUGCUGCCGCUGCUCAAACACUCCAUGUCUUACCUGCAUGAGAUUUUUGAGUUUUAUGAGGAGAUCCUGACGUGCCGCUACCCUUACGCCUGUUUCAAGACUGUGUUUGUGGACGAGGCCUAUGUACAAGUGUCCACCUAUGCUUCCAUGAGUAUCUUCAGCACUAACCUGCUCCACAGUGCUAUGAUCAUAGACCAGACCCCGCAGACACGCCGCUGUCUGGCCCAGGCCUUGGCUCAGCAAUUCUUUGGCUGUUUCAUCUCCAGGAUGUCAUGGGCUGAUGAGUGGGUGCUGAAGGGAAUCUCAGGCUACAUCUACGGCCUCUACCUAAAGAAGACGUUUGGAGUCAAUGAGUACCGGCACUGGAUCAAAGAGGAGUUGGACAAGAUUGUGGACUAUGAACUAAAGAUGGGAGGAGUUCUGCUGCACCCGACCUUCAGUGGAGGCAAAGAGAAGGACAAUCCAACUCCCCACCUCCACUUCUCCAUCAGACACCCUCACACGCUGUCCUGGGAGUACUACAGGAUGUUCCAGUGUAAGGCCCACCUGGUGAUGCGGCUCAUAGAGAACAGGAUCAGCAUGGAGUUCAUGCUGCAGGUUUUCAACAAGCUCCUGAGCCUGGCCAGCACAGCCUCGUCCCAGAAGUACCAGAGUCAGAUGUGGAGUCAGAUGCUUCUGUCCACUCACGCCUUCCUCAAAUCCAUCUCCAACGUCUCUGGCAAAGACAUAGGUCCCCUCAUCAAACAAUGGGUAGACCAGAGUUCUGUGGUGAAAUUCUUUGGCAGUUUUGCCUUCAACAGGAAGAGGAACGUGCUGGAACUGGAGAUCCGUCAGGACUACACAUCAUCUGGAACUCAGAAAUAUGUGGGUCCAAUUAAGGUGACUGUGCAGGAGUUGGAUGGAUCCUUCAAUCACACGCUGCAGAUAGAGGAGAACAGCCUCAAACACGACAUCCCCUGUCACUCCAAGAGCAGACGAAACAAGAAAAAGAAGAUCCCUCUGAUGAAUGGAGAGGAAGUUGACAUGGAUUUAUCAGCCAUGGAUGCCGACUCUCCUCUCCUCUGGAUCCGGAUUGACCCAGACAUGUCCAUUCUGAGGAAGGUGGAGUUCGAGCAGGCUGACUUCAUGUGGCAGUACCAGCUGCGCUAUGAGCGGGAUGUAGUUGCACAGGAGGAGGCCAUCUCAGCUUUGGAGAAGUUUCCGACUCCUGCCUCCAGGCUGGCUCUGACAGACAUCCUGGAGCAAGAACAGUGUUUCUACAAAGUUCGUAUGCAGGCCUGCUUCUGUUUGGCCAAGAUAGCCAAUGCCAUGGUGAGCACCUGGCAGGGCCCACCCGCUAUGAAGUCCCUGUUCACCCGAAUGUUCUGCUGCAAGAGCUGCCCCAACAUCGUCAAGACCAACAACUUCAUCAACUUCCAGAGUUACUUCCUACAAAAGACGAUGCCCGUUGCUAUGGCGUUACUCAGAGAUGUCCAGAACCUCUGUCCAAAAGAUGUCCUCAACUUCAUCCUCGACCUCAUCAAGUACAAUGACAACCGGAAAAACAAAUUUUCAGAUAACUACUACCGUGCAGAGCUGAUUGAAGCACUGACCAACUCUCUGACCCCGGCCAUCAGCAUCAACAAUGAGGUGCGGACUGUGGACAAUUUAAACGGCGACGUCCGGCUCAUCUUAGAGGAGAUCACACGAUUCCUCAACAUGGAGAAACUGCUGCCGAGCUUCAGAAACACCAUCACUGUCAGUUGUCUGAGAGCGAUCCGUCAGCUUCAGAAGAACGGUCACAUUCCCAGCGAUGCUUCACUUUUCAAGUCCUACGCCGAGUACGGACACUUUGUAGACGUUCGCGUCGCGGCACUGGAGGCUCUAGUGGACUAUACUAGAGUUGAAAGAAGUUCCGCGGAGCUUCAGUGGCUGCUCAGCAUGGUGUACAGUGAUCCAGUUCACUAUGUCAGACAUGAGAUCCUGGGCAUGCUCUGUAAGAAUCCACCUUUCACCAAGACAACAGACUCCGCUCUGUGUAAUGAAGCUUUGGUCGACCAGCUCUGGAAGCUUAUGAACUCAGGUACCUCCCAUGACUGGCGGCUUCGCUGUGACGCUGUGAACCUCUACUACACAUUGUUCGGUUUGACUCGGCCUUCUUGCCUGCCCCUCCCGGAACUGGGCCUCGUGCUGAACCUGAAGGAGAAGAAAGCCGUCCUGAACCCCACCAUCAAGCCUGAGCUGGGGGUCAGCGCAGUCAUGGACACGCCUGCCAGUAUUGGCAUCCACGGUGUCGGCAUGAGCUACGUAGCUGUGGAUGAAGAGCCAGAUCCUAUUUCAUUAGGGGUGUGUGGAGUGGGCCAGCCCCCCCAGGGUCUGAAGAGGAAGGCCGAGACCCCGCUGGGCUCCCCUCCAGAACCAGGACAGAUCCUGCAGCAACAGGACGACGAUGGAAGAGGAGGAGGACGCUUCAAGAUCAGGUUUAACACAAUGGAAGAUGAAGAUAUUGAUAUGGAGACUGUUCAUGACAGUCAGGCCUUCAUUCACCAUCAUCUCAAUCUGUUAGAGAGACCCUCUACACCAGGUAAAGAGCCGCCAUCGGUGGAACAGUCCAUCCUCUCCAUGCCCGCCACGCCGGUGCCGUCCUUCACCAAAGAGACCACCUCUUUGUCCUCCAAACACGGCGGCGAACACGGCCACCAUCAUCACCAUCACCACCACGAGCACAAGAAGAAGAAGAAGAAGCACAAGCACAAACACAAGCACAAGCACAAACACGAGAGCAAGGACAAGGAGAAGGACAGGGAGCGGGACAACUCGCACGCCUACAGCAACAGCCCGGCCAGCGGCCGCUCCCUGCGCUCACCGUCCCUGUCUGACUGAGACAUCUGGAUACAACUAUGUUGCAGUAGCAGGACAGAUGUCUCUGAGUGUAGAGACGCACACAACAGGAAGGAAAACAUGCUUAGGUGAUCUAAAUAUUCAUGACUCAGUAGAAAGGAGAUUCAGAAAAGGAGUUGUGAUCGUCAUGGCGACAGAAACGGCAGUGUGCAUGUUGAGAGGAAACAUGGUGAACUGGGGUUGCAGUGUCAUUAAGGUAACCCCUCCAGAGGCGUCCUUAUGUUCUCACCAACACACACACACACACACACACACACACGCACACGCGCACGCGCACGCAUGCGCGCGCGCGUCCUGUGGGAGUUUGAGGACUUUUAACACUGCUUCCAAGCUGUCUGAGGCAUGCAACCACACACACCUCUCCCCUCAAACAGGCAAAUACAGUCAGUCUCGGCAACCUCACACAACCCCCCACCCCGCUGUGCCUCAUCCCCACAGCUCAAUCCGACAUUCAGCGAGCGGCUUCGAAGAGGAAAACAUGAGGGAUGGCGGUGUGGACUGAGCCUCCGGUGUCUCUGACAUCCUGUAAACGACAUUUCCCCCCUCACCGUGCUCUACAAUUGAAACUCGAGUAAUAAGUCUAUGUUUUUUAAUACUUUUUGUUUCUCAACUGUCACCCCUGAUUAAAGAUGCUUUUGUAUUCAUGAA